AUGCAGGCCCUGGGAGCGCCCUGCCGGGUGCAGCCCACUGGCGUGGCGGCGUUUAGGCCCGCAGCGCGGCAGCUGAGGCUGGAGGUAGGCAACACCUACUCCACAGAUAGGCCGCCCAGCAGGCCCCCAGGCAGCGGCGGCUCGGCAGCGGCCCCGCCGCCGCCACGCCCCAACACCGGCUACACUCCUCGGACAGGCGACGGCGGUGGUGGCCGUGGCGGCGGCGGCUCCUACUCUCCAGGCGGCCGCGGCGGCGGCGGCUCCUACACCCCGGGCGGCCGUGGCGGCGGCGGUCGCGGCUACACCCCCGGCGGGCGCGGCGGCGCCAGCAGUGGCACAUACACCCCCGGCGGCCGCGGCGGCGCCAGCAGUGGCACGUACACCCCCGGCGGCCGCGGCGGCGCCAGCACUGGCACCCACACCCCCGGCGGCCGCGGCGGCGCCAGCACUGGCACCUACACCCCCGGCGGCCGCGGCGGCGCCAGCAGUGGCACCUACACCCCGGGCGGCCGCGGCGGCGGCGGCUACCGCAGCGGCGGCAGCGACGACGAGCGCGGCGGCGGCGGCCGCGGCUCAGGCAACUUCCAGCGCGGAGGGCGCGGCAGGGGAGUCCCCCGCGAGCCGCUGGUACCCAUGAAUGAAAACAUCCGCGCCGCCGAGGUGCGGGUGCUGGCAGAGGACAAGACGCCGCUGGGGGUGAUGGUGACGUCGCGGGCGCUGGCAGAGGCGCGGUCGCUGGGCAUGGACCUGAUCAUGAUUGUGCCGGACGCAGCGCCACCCGUGGUCCGCAUCAUGGAGUUCUCAAAGUACAAUUAUGAGCUGGAGAAGGCGGCCAAGGAGGCCAAGCGCAAACAGCGGGAGGCCGUCGUGGAGACCAAGGAGGUGAAGCUGCGCCCCGCCACCGACGUACACGACUACCAGGUCAAGGUCAAGGCGGCCCAGAAGUUUCUGGGCAAGGGCCACCGCGUGAAGCUGACGCUGCAGUUCCGGGGGAGGGAGAUGGAGUUCCAGCAGAUUGGGCGCGAGAUGUUCCAGCGCUUUGUGGAGGACUGCGGCGGGUCUGAUGUGUCCAUCGAACAGCCUCCUCAGAUGCAGGGGCGGCAGAUGACCAUGUUGCUUUCCAGAAAGGAGGAGAAGCUGUGA